AUGAGUACGGGGGCAGAGAAGCCCAAGUUUCCGAUCGCAGGACUGCUGCCGAAGCAGGCGACCAAGGCAGACACGUUCCUGGCCAAGUACCCGCAGUACGAUGGGCGUGGCGUGCGAGUGGCGGUGCUUGACACGGGCGUCGACCCUGCGGCGCUCGGCCUCGACGGCCCGAACAAGCUUGUGGAUAUCAUUGACUGCACGGGCGCCGGCGAUGUGCCGCUGACCACCGUCGCGGCGGGGGACGUGGCCGAGGCGGAGGGCGGCGCGGCGCUCGCCCUCACGUCGCCCCACACGGGGCGCCGGCUGCUGCUCUCGCCGUCAUGGCCGAACCCGACCGGCGCGUGGAAGGUCGGCACAAAGCGCGCGUACGACUUGUGGCCCAAGGAACUGGUCGAGCGCCGCACGAAGGAGCGCCGCCGCGCCUUUGACGUGAGCCACUCGCAGGUGCUGCAGCAGGCGCUGCAGGCGCUCGCGGCCGAGGAGCAGGCGCCCUCGGACAGCGCGGCGCCGGAGGCGCGCGCACAGCGCCGCGAGGAGCUCGAGGCGCGUGUGGCCGUCUUGAAAGACAUGCACAAGGCAUGGAGCGACCCCGGCCCCGUACUCGAGGCGGUCGUGUUCCAUGACGGCACGCACUGGCGUGCGGUCGUCGGCGGCGCGGAGGGAGACGUCGCGGAGGCCGCGCAAGGCGAGCCGGCGGCGGUGCGCGCCACGACGCUCGACCUGCGUGCGCAGCCCACGCUCACCGACUUCCGCACCGAGCGCCAGUGGGCGCGCUUUGGCGAGCGUGAUCUGCUGAGCUACACGGUCAACAUUCUGAACGACGGCGCGCUUCUCUCGCUCGUUACCGUGUCGGGCACGCACGGCACGCACGUCGCAGGCAUUAUUGGCGCACGCACCGACGAGGCCGCCACGAACGGCGUCGCGCCCGGCGCCGAGAUCGUGAGUCUGCGCAUCGGUGAUGCGCGGCUCGGCAGCAUGGAGCAGGGACAGGCGCUCCUGCGUGCGGCGCAGGCCCUGAUCGAUACGCGCUGCGACGUGGCCAACAUGUCGUAUGGCGAGGACGGUGCGUUCCUGUGUGAAGACAAGGGCGCCUUCGCACAGGCCCUGCAGUGCGUCAUCCGCGAGCACGGCGUGUGCUUCGUGAGCUCGGCCGGCAACAAUGGCCCGGCGCUAACGACCGUCGGGCAGCCGGGCGGCACAACGUCGGGCGUGCUGAGCGUCGGCGCCUACGUAAACGAGGGCGCCAUGCAGCAGGCCGAGUACGCGCUCGUCGAGUCGGACGUGUCGUCGAGCGUGACGACGUGGUGCAGCCGCGGCCCCACGGCCGACGGGGCGGCGGGCGUGUCGAUCUACGCGCCGGGUGCGGCGAUCACGUCUAUCUGCCAGUACGCGCUGCAGUCGAAGCAGCUGAUGAACGGCACGUCGAUGAGCAGCCCGAACGCCGCGGGCGCCGUCGCACUCCUUGUGAGCGCAUGCAAGGCCGAGGGGAUCCCCGUGACGCCGUUCCGCGUGUUCCGUGCCAUCGAGGCGACGGGCGCCGACGUGGGCGACGCGCUCGGCGUGCGCUUCCUCGACGUCGAGAAGGCGUGGGCGUACCUGGUGGCACACCGCGACGACCCGUACGCGGACGCGGAGAUGCAGGUGCGCGUCACGCGCGCCGGCAAGCCGCUCGGCGCGUGCGACCAGCGCGGCGUGUACCUGCGCGGCGUCGAGGAGACGCACCGCCCGUCGCAGUACCACGUCACCGUCCAGCCGCGCUUCCGCGAUGGCGAGACACAGCGCGCCUUUGCGCUCGAGAUCCGCGCGGCGCUCCAUGCGAGUGCGCCGUGGGUCAAGGUGCCUGCGUUCCUCGCACUCGGCAGCCAGGGCCGCACGUUCGAGAUCCGCGUGGCGGCCGACGAGCUGCCGCCCGGCCUGCACAGUGCGCAGAUUGUCGGUGUCGACACGGAGCGUCCAGGCACCACAGUGUUCGCCGUGCCGAUCACCGUCGCCAAGCCUGUGGUCCCAACGAGGGCUACGCACAGCUUCCCCCGCCGGCGCCUGGCCUCGGGCGAGAUGCAGCGCACGUUUGUGCAUGUGCCGCAGGGCGCCACGUCCGCCGAGGUGCGCAUACGCAGCCGCGCGCACGAGGCGCGCGGCACGAGUGUGCGAUUCUGGCUGCACCUGCUGCAGGUGCCGCCGCAGCGCCGCCUGAGCCAGGUGGAGCACCAGUGGGUGCUGGCGCUGCACGAGGACGAGCCGGUGGUGAAGCAGGUGGCCGUGCACCCGGGGCAGACGCUCGAGGUGUGUGCGGCGCAGUUCUGGUCGAACAAGGCAGGGUUUGAGCUGGACAUGGAGCUUGAGUUCCACGGCCUGCAGGUGCCUGCCGUGAUUACCGCGCACAGCAGCGCCGGCUGGCACCGCGUCGACGUGGCGAACGUCCUGCGCCUCGAGGAGUGCAAGCCCCAAGCGACGCUCGAGACGCGCCGCACGUACGUGCGUCCCACCAAGCACACGGUGCGGCCGCGCCUCGAGGCGCGCGACCAGCAGCCGUCGGGGCACGCCCUGCUCGAGCUGGUGGCGGAGUACCCGGUGGUCGUGAAGGAGGCGGCGUCGCUCACGUGGCGCGUGCCGAUCAGUGGCUACGUGUACGACGCAAGUGUGACGCUGCUCACGCAGCUGCUCGACAAGAGCCACGCACAGGUGGCCUUCGGCGACGUGUACCCGAAAGCCGUAUCGCUGCGCCCCGGCGAGUACGUGCUGCGCGUCCAGGCGCUGCACGAGUCGGCGGCCGUGCUCGAAAAGCUGCGGGACAUGCCCGUCGCGCUUGACCGGAAGCUCAAGAAGGAGAUCGCCCUCGAUGUGUACGCGGACCAUGUGGAUCUGUUCGGCGCGGCGCCGCCCCGCAAGGAUGGCAUCAAGCUGCUUCAGGGCGAGCGCACUGUGGUCGUACUGGAUACAAGCCUCGCAGGCGAGUCGUGGCCCGCCGAGGCGGCGCCUGGCGAUGUGCUGCUCGGCACGCUCGCCUUCAGCACGCACACCAAAGUGCCGCUCAACGUCGUCGUUGGCCCUGCGCCGCCCACCAAGCCGUCCGAGGGAGGCGCGUCGGAGCCGACGCCGCUGCCCGCGCAGCUUGCGGCGCUCGUACCGAAGGUACCGAGCGCGGACAAGGACGCGCUCGUUGCGCGUCUCGUACACGAGUACCCCGACGACCUCGCGGUGCGUCUCGCCGCUCUGGACGCCGCGCAGGGCGAUGCGAAGCGCACGCUCGAGGCAGCGCAAGGCGUGUGUGGUUGCAUCGACGAGACGGCGCUGCGCCUGUGGUUCGGCGCGCAGCGCCCGCCCGCGUCCGAGCAGUCGACCGACGAAAAGAAGCGUGCCAAGGAGAUGAGUGCCCAGAAGAAGGCACUCGCCAAGGCGCUCACGCGCCAGGCGCAGGCGCACGCCGAGCUGGGCGACCGCACGGCGAGCGUCGAGGCCACUCUGCAUGCGCGCCAGUGGGUCGACGGCAGCGAUGCGACCAAGACCGCGCUGACGAACCUGCUCAUUGAGUGGCACCGCGAGCACCACCGGUACGGCCAGGCGCUCCAGGCCGUGCGCCAGCAGAUCGAGCAGCUCGGCCACGGCACGUCCGAGUCGCUCGCGGAUCUCCACAGGGCGCAGGACCUCGAGAAGGCGCUGCUCGCACAGCUCGAGUGGGACGUAUGGCACCACUAUGCCGAGCGCUGGCUAUGGCUCCGACGCCCCAAGGCACCCGAGCCUUUCUAG